AUGACCAGCCAAUCAGGACCAGCCAAUGUUGGGUCACCCUUUGAGGGCAAUCUAUGGCGCCCCGAGGAAGUCACCGGGAAAAGGUCACCACUAGCCUGCGGCCCUCCAGGGAUGGCUGACUCCGCGCUCAGCUCUAGCCCCAAGACGUCUCGUUCCUCCGGCGAGCCCUCGAUAGCAGAAUGGGACCGAGUGGGCAGGGAAGUAUGCCAAGCCUUCAGUGGCAUCGGCUUCGUCUACCUGAAGAACCAUGGCCUUCCAAACGAAAUGGUCAAGGAAGUGAACGAUUCUUCGGGGAAAUUCUUUCAACUUGAAAACACCAAAAAAAGAAAAUAUGAGAGAGGCGUUGUUGACAUCCAAGGCUACACGGCGGUCGGGCGAGAGAGGUUAAGCGAGGACCGAACAGCGCAAGAGUUCCGGGAGAGCUAUGACGUCAAGCGACCCGACGGCAUGUUCCCCGACGAAGAGGUUCCUGACAUGAGACCGAGCGUGGAGACCUUCAUGAACGCGUGCAAGGACCUCACCAGGAAGAUUCUGGUGGCGAUGGCCAUUGGUCUAGGUGCGUCGUGGCUGUGCUUAACAAAGGAAGACACACAGACAAUCCUUCAAUCCGACCCACUCAAAAAAAAAAAAAAAAAAACCAACCCCUUCCCUUCGACAGGCCUGGAACCAGCCUUCUUCGUGUCCAACCACCAGCAGAUGUGCACCGAAAGCAACACAACCUGUCUCAGGAUCCUCUACUACCCUAGUCUGCCGGAGUCCGUGCCAGGAGGUUCUAUUCGCUGCGCAGCUCACACGGACUACGGCACCGUCACGCUGCUCUUUCAGGAUGAUGUCGGCGGCCUGCAGGUGUGUGAGGCGUUACUCGGGCGCUGGAUCGACGCUGUCCCGGUUCCUGGCGCUGUCCUUGUGAAUGUCGGGGAUAUUUUGCAGUUCUGGACGUCUGGCAAACUCAGGGCUACUGAACAUCGCGUUCUGAUUCCACCCGAAGAAACCCGACGCAGAAGUCCUCGGCGAUCUGUGGUGUUUUUCGUCCACCCUGAUGACCCUGUGCUUAUUACGCCCUUAGAUGGGUCUUCUGCCUAUCGACCAAUCACAGCUAAGGACCACUCGGACCUUCGCUUCCGCCAGACUUAUGAAUAUUAAGUAGAAACCAAGGGAUCCUUUGUAAGAGGAUAGAUGGUUGAGGGAGGUAUAGUGUAGGGCUACGUGAGGAUA